AUGGCCACCGCUCCCGCUCCCGCUCUCAAUGCUUACCGACACCUAAUGCGCGCGGCGCGAAUCGCUUUCCAAGGUUCAAGACUGGUCCAAUGGGUUAUGCUGACUGACCAAUUCACUGCAGGCGACGCCCCUAUCCUCACUGCCGCUCAGCUUCAGAUCCGCAACGAGUUCCGCCAAAAAGCAUCGGUCGAUGCUGCCGAUGCUUCCGCAGCGAUUAAGCAUGCCGAAGACGUAGCAAAGGUUCUUCGUCAGAAUGUUGUUCAGGGUCAAAGAACAGAGGAGGGCAAGGACACCUUCAAGCUCAGAAUACACGAAGAUAUUGAGCGAGGAGAUAACGAGUCUAUCAAGACAGCUGGCAAAGGCACAGUUGGAGGUGGCUGCUGCGGCGGUGGUGGUAAAAAAUGA